UGAAUAAAAAAUUUCCCAAAUUCAUUCAGAUUACCAGAACCAAAGUCCCUGUUUAACCACAACCCACCCGGCCUUGCUUUUUUCCAUAGCUAAAUCUCUCCCUUCUUCACAUCGUUCAGUGUUUGACUGAAUUUCCUCGUCGUUUUCUCGGUGUGACCCCUCUACCCCUCUCUCUCUCCCCCUUCCUCCCUUUGGGGUCGCGCCAAUUCACACACACACACACAGUUUCUCUUUGUAUUUUGUUCCCAAUUCACACACACACAAUUUCAAUCGUAAAAGGAAGGUCUUUUGAAUCUCAUCAAUGGCGACAGAGAUGGCACAACCAGAUGCAGAAGGGAUCGACGGAGUUCGAAUGACAUGGAACUCAUGGCCACGCACAAAAGUUGAAUCAAGCAAGUGCGUGAUCCCAAUCGCUACCUCGAUCCACUUGAUCCGUCCUCAUACCGAUCUCCCUACGCUCUCUUACCCGCCGCUCAAAUGCAAAACUUGCUCCUCAGUUCUCAAUCCUUUCGCUCGGGUUGAUUUUCAAGCCCUAAUUUGGAUCUGUCCUUUUUGCUUUCAACGUAACCAUUUUCCUCAUCAUUAUUCGGGAAUUAAUGAAACUAAUGUUCCUGCUGAACUUUAUCCUCAGUUCACCACAAUUCAAUACACUCUCCCUAACCCGAAUCCGAACCCGACUCAAAACCCUAACCCGGUGGAUUUUUCGAUUUCGCCAAUUUAUUUGUUCGUUUUGGACACAUGUAUGUUGGAGGAGGAAUUGGAAUUCGCAAAAUCCGCAUUGAAACGAGCGAUCGGGAUGUUACCGGAUAAUGCUAUGGUAGGGUUUAUAUCGUAUGGUACGCAGGUCCAGGUGCAUGAGCUAGGGUUUUCGGAUAUGUCGAAGGUUUAUGUUUUUCGGGGAUCGAAAGAGUUGUCUAAAGAUCAUGUUUUGGAUCAAUUGGGCCUUGGAAGUAGUGUUGGUGGAAGACGGGCCGGUCCUGGCCCGAUUGGGGCUCCCAGUAUUGGUGUUACCAGAUUCUUAUUGCCUGCCUCGGAGUGUGAAUAUACCUUGAAUUCUUUGUUAGAUGAAUUGAGCACGGAUCAAUGGCCAGUCCCACAGGGAAAUAGAGCGUUACGCUGCACUGGUGUGGCUUUGAGUGUAGCUGCCGGAUUGCUUGGAGCUUGUUUGGCUGGUGCCGGUGCUCGGAUCGUGGCCUUAGUGGGCGGUCCAUGCACAGAGGGACCUGGAGCGAUUGUGUCAAAAGAUCUUUCAGAACCAGUUCGUUCUCAUAAGGAUCUGCACAAGGAUGCAGCACCCUUUUUCAAAAAGGCAGUCAAUUUCUAUGAGGAACUUGCAAAGCAGCUUGUUAGUCAAGGUCACGUCUUGGAUGUGUUUGCUUCAGCACUUGAUCAGGUUGGAGUUGCUGAGAUGAAAGUAGCUAUUGAAAAAACUGGAGGACUAGUUGUUCUAGCUGAAAGUUUUGGUCAUUCUGUCUUCAAAGAUUCAUUCAAGCACAUCUUCGAAGAUGGUGAACAGUCUCUUGGGCUGUCCUUCAAUGGUACAUUAGAGAUCAACUGCUCUAAGGACAUUAAAAUUCAGGGGAUAAUUGGACCAUGCACAUCUUUAGAGAAGAAAGGACCUGCUGUUUCCAGCACGGUUAUUGGUGAGGGGAAUACUACUGCUUGGAAGCUGUGCGGUCUCGACAAAAACACUUGCUUGACUGUUUUCUUUGAUGUUUCAUCUAGUGAGAAAUCAGACCCUUCAGGCAAUCAAAAUCCACAAUUGUACAUACAGUUUCUCACGAGUUAUCAGAGCCACGAUGGUCAAACAAAACUACGCGUCACGACCAUUACGAGAAGAUGGGUUGAUGCUGCUGUUAGCACUGAGGAAUUGGUGCAAGGAUUUGAUCAAGAGGCUGCUGCGGUUGUAAUGGCUAGAUUAGCUUCUUACAAAAUGGAGAUGGAGGAAGAUUUUGAUGCCACAAGGUGGCUAGAUCGGAAUCUCAUUCGUCUAUGCGCCAAGUUUGGUGACUAUCGGAAGGAUGACCCCAGCUCUUUCACUUUGAAUCCCUCUUUUUCAUUGUUCCCUCAAUUCAUGUUUCAUUUACGGCGAUCCCAAUUCUUACAAGUGUUCAAUAAUAGUCCAGAUGAGACGGCAUAUUUCCGCAUGUUGCUCAACCGAGAGGGCAUAAGCAAUGCUGCUGUCAUGAUUCAGCCAACACUAACGGCAUUCCAAUUCAAUUCACUGCCUGCCCCGGCCUUGCUGGAUGUGGCAUCGAUUGCAGCUGACCGCAUUCUUUUGUUGGAUGCUUAUUUCAGUGUAGUUAUUUUCCAUGGAAUGACAAUAGCUCAAUGGAGAAACAUGGGAUACCAAAACCAGCCUGAGCACCAGGCAUUUGCACAGCUGUUGCAAGUUCCACAUGAUGAGGCCCAAGCAAUCAUCCGUGAGAGGUUUCCUGUUCCAAGACUGGUGGUGUGUGAUCAACAUGGCUCCCAGGCAAGAUUCCUUUUGGCAAAAUUGAAUCCAUCUGCCACGUACAAUAAUGCAAAUGAUAUGGCAGCUGGAUCAGACGUGAUCUUUACAGACGAUGUGAGUCUUCAAGUGUUCUUUGAGCAUCUUCAGCGGCUGGCAGUGCAAUCUUCUUGAUAAGAGAAGAAAGAUGGCUGUUAAUGCUUGUUCCGAUUAUGUGAAGAUCUUAUUGAGUUCGCCUGAUCUACCCUGGCAGCUUCUCGUGAAAGUUCAUGAUUUUGUUUUCAUCAUCCAUAAGAUGAGAGGUCAGACCAAGAUAUUAUAUGGAAACUAGGACUACAUAUGACAUUCUUUCAGGUAUAGGGAGGUACUUUUGCUUCCUUUAAAAAUAACGGGUAAUGCAACUUUUUGUUGUCUUUAAUUAUAUGAGAAGGGGGUUAUAUUUUAAGUCGAAUGUCGUGUGCUCCCUCAGGCUGUUGAGUGAGAAGAUAAUUUAUGUCGGGAACUUCUUUUUUGUUAGUCAUUACGAGGCAAGUAGUUUGUGUCUGCUUUUGUAUUGAAUUCGUAGUUGUAGUUGAUUGGAUUAAGGCUUGUAGGUCAGGAUGUCUUUGAAGACACUGCUUA